AUGUCUCAUCCCGACAAUGACAAUGGCCCCUCUGAGCCCAAAAAGCCACUCGCGCUUGAGAUUAUCUCUGCCACGAGGGAAAUGCACACAAUAAUCAACAGACUAGUGGUAUCUCGACUACCUCUAGCCUUACCUCCACAGGCCUCUGAUACUGGUCCAUACAUCAGUGGCUUGUUAUAUUUUCUUCCGGUAUAUAUGACGUUUGAGAAACUUUGGCUAGAUAUCGUUCUCGAUACUCCUCCCGAGGAAGCUGCGUCGGAUGAUGAUGAUGGAAGACCAAAAGUUUCCGAGCGCAUGCGGACGAUUCUCAAAGAGCUCAGAAUUCCACAACUCUUUCGUUCCGAUAUUCUCAGAGCCGAUAUCAAAUCCAUGACUGGCUGGUCUGAUGAUAUUCUCGAUCGCCAGCUCCUCAUCAUAAAAGGAACAGGCCAGCUCUGCGCUUUCAUCUCUCACAUUCAGCAAACCAUUCACGCACAGCCUCACACACUCGUCGCCUAUUCAUAUAACUUUUUCAUGGCCCUCUUCGCCGGCGGCCGCUUCAUCAGAGCGUCGUUCGAAAAGGCCGGCGAUGAAUUCUGGGAAACGGUUCCCAUGCCCAUCAAACCAACGAUGCGGCCGUGCGAACCAAAAUCAACUGCUGCUACAUCUCCGCUUGAGCCGACGUAUGACUGGGAAGAGACCAGUUUCCAUUCCCAAACACCGCUUCAGUUCUGGCGCUUUAACACAGCGGAAGACGGCGAGGAUCUGAAGCGGGACUAUAAGGAGAGAUUGCUCAGAUUGGAAAAUGAGCUGUCUCCUAAGGAGAGAGAUGAUAUCGUGCGAGAGUCGGUCGUUAUCCUGGAGAACAUAGAAUCCGUCGUUCGCCAGCUUGACGAGAUCUAUUCCGACGAGCAGGAAGAGAAGCCCAGCGAUCAGAUUCCCAAGAGACCUUCCCUGGCUAGUCGCUUUGUGCAGACUCACUUCGUGGCACGUAUCCGUGACAGCUUCCUGAUAGCCAAAGAACGGGGGGUAGGGAUUUCAUUCCGGAACCAAUCGCUCGACACGACAUCAACUGAAGAAGGGGAGCAUGAUUCUGUAGAUGGAGAGGCUGAUCACGGUGAUGUCGCUACUGACAUCGAACUGUGCCCUGGUAUUCCCAAAUCUAUGAGAUUUGCAAAGUCGCUCCCUAUUCCGCCACGAAAACAUAUUCGAGUUGCUGCCGCAAAUGGUGGUAGUCACAAUGGCAAGCUAGGUGCCCCUAUAGAGUUGGAUAUCAGCACAUGA